GGUGCACGAUGAAGUACCCUCUGGUACCCCUGGUGAACGACAUCACCCUCUCUUUCCUGGUGUUCUGGCUGUGCCUGCCUGUGAGCUUGCUGCUGUUCUUGAUGGUCGUCUGGUUGUGCUUCUUACUUAAGCAAGAUUCAAAGGAAGAGGAUUCAGAUUUAUGUUUCAACUGGGAGCUCUGGAACAAAGAACCAACUGAGUCUGGCUGUGAGGGGUCGUUCCGUGGCCAGGAGGACAGGUCCCACUAGUGAGCCUGCUCUAGGUGUCAUCUGGACCUGAGCGGAUGGAGGGAAGAAAACGCUGGUGACCAAAGGGCCUUCCUGGGACCUCCAGUAGUCGGACCCGACAGGCCUCUUGCCGAACCAGCCAUUCUCCAUCAACACAGAUGGCCUGGAGCCCUUCAGGGGAGAGUCAGGUCCAAGAAGUUUAUAGGGGACAGCUCUCAACCCACAAAAGGUGCUGGGGCACCUAUUAAAGAAAUGGGGUUCUGCUGUGCCCUGACAAAG